CUGGAUUCCUUCGGAAGCGACUUAGCACAGAGGACAAGCACACCAUGGAGCGUUUAGCCAUGGUGACGUCCAUCGGAACAGCGGCACUCAUGGGAGUGCUCUAUGUUUAUGAGAACUUGGCGUACCUGAGACUUCUUCAUAGCCUUCCAACUGGUUUGAGUGCAGCUGCCGCAUUGCAGACAGAGAAUGCCUUUUACUAUUCCUACUUCCAGGAGUUAGUGGACGUAGAAUUCCUGGGUGAUGGCCUGCGCAAGAUCAUUUGGGAUGGGAGAACUGAAUGCCCCGACAUCCUGAAUGCGAUCCGCAGAUUCAACAUCUAUCAGGAGAUCCUGCUAGCCUUUGAAUAUCGAUGUCUGAGAAGCAUUGGAUUCCUUUUGCCGGAUCCUUUUCAUUUCUUCCGAUGGCAUGUGGUUGUCUUGAACGGAAUCGGCCAGGCAUUUCUAUGCCUCCUGGCGAUUGAAAUCUCUGGAAAUCCCUUUGCAAGCUUCUUGUGCUUCCUGAUUUCUUUUCUGAAUCGCUUUCAGACGAGUCGAUUGGGAAACUUUACGAGCUCUGACUUGCGGGAGCUUUGGGGCAUCCCAUUGCUUUGGAUCCAAACGUAUUUGAUUUGGCGGUUGCUCCUGGCACCACAGUCAAGAAGACUGUUGAUUAAGCUGACUCUGAUCGCGACAACGUUUGCUUUUAUUGUAUCCUGGCAAUUCAGUCCCUUCCUGCUCCUCUUGCAAGCGACAUCGCUGUACGCUGUAAAUAUAGUGGCUGGCUUUGACAGCAUUCGGCCGGUGGUCUUGGAGAUUCUGAAUGCAUACUGUAUCUCGAUGGGUUUGGCCGUGAUCGUUCACUUUGGAAGUCCGUAUUUGUUGACCUCGCCUUUCUUCUUUCAGCUUGUUGCCUUGAAGACAGCUACAUCUCUUUGCUUCUGUCACCGGCACUCGCGACACUUCUCGUGGAUUUCCUGGGUGCGCCGCAGGUUCUCACACGUCAUGGAAGGCCUGGUUGCAGUGAUUGUCUUCGUUUUGGUUCAGAAAGCCUUAGCGCCUUUUGCCACAGCCGACACACAUGUUUAUGAGAUCUUGUGCACCAAAGCGGCUGCCAUCAACGAUGUGCUACCGGCUAGCUGGCAUCUCCCUGCAAACAAACUGCCAUCUUGUGCAGAACCCAGUUUCAAUGCAAAUCUUUAUCUCAUCAUGGGCGUCUUCAAGUUGUUGGAGUGGUCUUCUGCCAAGGUCUACCUUGAAUCAACUGCCGCGCCGGCAGCAGCCUUUACCUGUCUCCUGGUGUUUACCCGCGCUGUGUAUAACAGCCUUCGCCCAGCUGAUCCAAAGGUCUCGAUCCAGAAGACUGCCGCACAGUCCAAAUCAGAGCAAGGAGCUGGAAGUGCACUUCGGCAGCGCAAGCCAGGGGAGGUCAAAGCAGAGAGCGGAUCCACACAAACGGUGGAAGACGUUAAGAUAUAUGGAGAAGAAGGGGAAGAUGCGGCCCUUCUUUUCUUUGUUGUGCAGUCUUUGCUUUUUCUACUCUUGGGUUGUUUGGUGAACCGCCUGCGCGUGGCCUUCGGCCCACCGAUGAUGGUUCUGGCUGCUGCCGUGUGGGGUCCGAAACUCUUCCCGCUCUUUUUAAGAAGGUGGUGCCCCAGAGCUUUGCUGGCGAUUCUUUUAUCCGGCUUUGUUGGCCACGUCUUCUGGCUAACUCAGAUGCUCCCGUGCAUUAGCUCGGACGAAGGCGUUUGCCAGCACAUGGCCGACAAGCUUUCCAAUGAUGGGGACUUGGUAGACUUGUACGACUGGUUCAACCGCGAGAGGUAUCACAACACCCCGGUGCUGGCCUCUAUGAAUCUGGCCGGAAGCAUGAGGGCAUUCACCAAUGUUCCAAUGAUCAUUCACCCGCAGUUCGAGUCGGAGAAUCUGCGAAAGCGAGUUCAGCGAGCCUACGAGCUUUACAACUGCGGCUCUGAAGAAUCCUUCGCCAAAACCAUGAAAGAGCUGCAGGCCCAGCUAGUUAUCUUCGAAUAUUCGCGCUGCUUCUUCACACCAUAUAAAUUGGACGACAAGAGAAAGAACUGCAACGCCAAGAAGCACCAGACGGAAGAUUUGAUGUGCAUGAAGCUCCAUGCACGAUCGCGUUUUUUCGAGCUGGUCUUCAUGAAUGGCAACUACGCGGUCUUUGCUCUGCGCAAACGACCGCUGGAGGGCUCUGCACCCAGAGCACCAGAGAUCCGAGCAUGGCUGGACGAAGAGAGCAACUGGAAGGACUACAUGAGACGCUGUGAGAGGAGGCAAGGGGCGAAGUGUGGCGCUCGAGUCAUGGAAGCAGCAGCUCAUUUUCAUCAUGGCCUCAAGAAGGCCAAGGCAGCGGCAGCCCUGAGAAAGUGGGCAUUGGAACUCUUCCCCAACGACGGGUGGGUGAAUUACUACCAAGCUCGCUUCCUGGAUGUUGAUGCAGAUAGGCCACAAGAGGCAAAGCGCUUCUAUGACACGGCCUUGAAGCUUUUGCCCAACAACCCCAAAGUCCUGACAGAGGUCAUUUUGUUCCACGACCUGGCCUUGCAGCAUCCGACCUUCUCGGCCUCUCUGGUGGAGCGGCGGUCGAGAGCGAGCGCUUCUAGUGAGGAAAAAUCCAUCCUGGAGAUGACGGGGCCAGGAGUUGGUCUUCUGAUGUGUGAAGCUGCUGUGGCAGCGAAGACGGGUGGACACACUGCGCUGAGCGAAAGGCUUUGGGCCCGGGCAAGGGAGCUAGCACCGCUUGGGCAGUGUGUGAAGAAUAACUGGCCAAUCAUCAAUGGCGAGAGCACGCCCGAGGAGAGCUCCUAUGACAAGCACUAUUCGCCAUGGACUAAGGUUUGGAUGGUCGCAGCUGGAAAAGUAAGCCUGGAGCUAGCGCCUCACCAUCAGGCAAAUGCACGUUUCCUUGUCGAUGAUGACAUGAUCUUAUGGCCCGCCCAAGCCAAACCUGGCCAUUGGAGCUGAGUGUAGAACGCGAAGGCAAAAGUGUGCCCCACCAGGCUGCAAAGAAGACAUAAUUCUAAGCCA